AUGGAUUCUCCAGGUACUCAUCAGUUUGACAAUCUGCUCAAUUUUCGCGAUGUUGGAGCCCAUAUCAACAGCAUCCUCGGAGCCCAGGUCCUCCGACCCGGUCUCCUUUUUAGGAGUGCGCGGCCAGAUGACACCAGUGCAUCCGAUCGCAACAAACUGGUCAAGACGUACAAGAUCCAAACCAUCAUUGACCUUCGCUCCAAAACAGAACACAUUAACGCGGCAAAGAAGCGGUCUGAAGCCGCUGUAGCGGCACAAUCAGCGGCGAUACCCUUGUCCAACGACAUCGUCGCUGAACCGGUUCAAAUCCCUGGCGUUCGUUAUGCGCACAUCAAUCUCAAUGGCAAAGGCUUCGAACGACAUCUUAUCUGGCAGCUGAAGUACACCAGCCUCGCCAAGUUGGUGUUCUUGAUGGCAUUGGGUUAUCGAACAGAAGGAAUAUCAGUGCUUGGAAAAGAGCUGAUGCUGCCACGCGGGCUCGUCGGCCUUGGGAUUGACACGCUCGACCACAGCCGUCCCGAGAUCAAAGAAGUUUUUGACAUCCUCGCAGAUGAGACGGCAUGGCCUGUCAUGGUCAACUGUACCCAAGGCAAAGACAGAACCGGCAUGAUAGUAUUGUUGGUACUGCUGUUGUGCAACAUUGACUUGGACGCCGCCAGCCAAGACUAUGUCAGGUCGGAAUUCGAACUCGAACCGGAGAAAGCGGAAAGGAUGAAAGAGAUCGAAAGCAUUGGCCUGGAUGAGUCGUUUGCCAAAUGCCCGCCAGAUUUCUGCGAGAAAGUCGCCCAGCACCUCGACACUACUUAUGGCGGUCUUUCUACCUACCUGCUUCAAAUCGGCGUUGAUCCCGAACAAGCCGAGCGUGUCCGAAACGUCCUCAAGGUCAACCUAUCGUAA